GAAGGCUCCGACUUGAUGAGGCAUGAAACGGACGGUUGGAUGCGUGCUCCAGCCACGUCCCACGAGCAAUCCGACGGCGUAGCGCACGACGCGGUCCAGGAACCCGACACGUGCGCGAUGACGGCUCUGUCGCAAAGAUCGUCGCGUUGGAUCGUCGCACUCGCGUCGCUCGCCGCCCUUGUCAUUCUCGGUCCCGUGUCGUUCUCCUCUCUCCCUCCCAUUCACAGCCACGAAUCUGCCACGUCAGCUUCGAAUCCAGCCAGUUUAGAUCUUCCCACGAAACCCUUGUCAACUGCUGUGACACCUUAUGCCGUGAAUCGAGCCGUCCGUUUCGGCGGUAACCUCGAAGGAAGUAAACUGGGCCGUACAGUCAGUGUAACGACGGAAGGAAUCAGUCGUACGGAACAGUCUGUGUCGUACGGAUCGACUGACACCGAGUCCUCGUCCCAGUCCACGAGUGACGGUUCUGAUCGGCAGUCGGAUCAACGGCUAGGAUCCAAUCGCGUGUCCGUUUUCAUCCCGAAAUGCACGGAAGCUGCGGGGAACGCGCCGGUGAUCCACCGUAGAGCACACACCCUAAACCUCGCAUCUUUCAAAGCAGUACCGGACGGCACCACCGACAGCACUGCAGCGUUCCGAGCAGCUAUCAGCGAGGUACAGUCGCUGGUCGCCGCCCAAGCAGUGGAGGUUGGAGGUGACACUGACGUGGCAGUGGGUGCCACGCUGGUGGUGCCACGUGGCACCUGGCUGACCGGUCCUUUCAACCUCACUAGCCACAUGACUCUGUUUCUGGAACAAGGCGCUACUAUACUGGCUAGCCCUCAAAUGCAAGACUACCCUUUUGUGCCCCAGCCACCUACAUACGGGCCUGGCCGGGAGUUGGGGCCUGGUCCACGUCAUCACAGCCUCAUACUCGCUUACAACGUCACAGAUGUGCUUAUAACGGGGGAGCACGCGACCAUAGAUGGCAGCGGCAGGCCCUGGUGGGACGCCAUGGACAGAAAGAGCCUGCACCACAUGCGGCCUCACGUGAUCGAGAUCCAGAGCAGCUGCCACGUGGCAGUCUCCAAUUUGACGCUGCUCAACGCGCCCUUCUGGUUCAUCCGCCCUCUCUACUCCUCCCGCCUCUCCUUCCGCCAUCUCACCAUCUCCGCUCCAACGAAUGUGCGGCAAACAGAUGGCAUCGACCCUGACUCCAGCACACAUGUGCUUAUUGAGGACUGCCACAUCAGCACGGGAGAUGAUGCCGUGGCUAUAAAGAGCGGCUGGGACCAGUAUGGGUACAACGCCCACCCCCCUGCGCCCUCUGCUGACAUCACUGUGCGCCGAGUGACUGUUGAGAUAUCCUGUCUCUCUGUCUCCCCCUCUCUGCCAAGGGCGGCUGGGACCAGUACCUGCACUGUCUGCUGGCAUCUCCGUGCCCUAGUCACUGUUCAGAUGCAUGCAUGCAUGCACACAUGCCAUGAGCAGGUACCGCCAGGCAGCGGCAGCGUGGGUCUGUCGAUCGGCAGCGAGAUGAGUGGCGGCGUGCAGGGAGUGAGAUUCGAGGACUGCCGUGUUCUCGGCGCUGACGUCGGCAUCCGAAUCAAAUCUGCCGCGGGGCGGGGCGGGUUCGUCAGGAACUGUCCCCUUCCCGUCCCCCCUGCUUUCUACAGCGUUUCAUUCAUUCGCACUUACGUACAGGACGUGAAAGUGGCGUUUACAAUCACAUCUUUCUUUGGUCACGGGGAUCCUCCGGGGUUUGACCCGCAUGCACUGCCAAUAAUUGAAGACAUUACUGUACAUGGACUGAUAGGGAAGAACGUGGAUCGGGUGGUGAAGAUAGAGGGCUUAGAGGAGCAGCCUAUAAAGGGGGUGACUAUAUCAAAUGCGGAUGUGACGUUGAGUGAGAAAGGGCGGCCGGGGAAAGCGUGGAAGUGUAGUGGUGUUGUUGGGGGGCAGGUGUCGAAUAUUUCUGGGAGUUUGCCAAAGGGAAAGCAAUGCACUGGGAUGUCUGGGGACGCAUUUCCAUGAAUGAAAUAUCCGCCUCUAUUCCCAGCAGGCUGACGUUUCAAAAAAAGGCACUCUGAGCUGACCCCCCCCAAAAAAAAAAUAGUCUGAAUGGCCUUCAGCCAGAAUUUAGGGACUCUGAAAUGUCAGAGUCCAGAGAUGUGCAACUCUGAAAUUCUCAGGAUCGCGCAAAUGUACUCAGG